AUGACUGAAGAAUAUCGAGGUGUAAUGGAUUUACAUGGUAAAAAUGCUGUUGUUACUGGUGCUAGUAGGGGUACUGGUAAAGUGAUAGCACUAACAUUAGCUAAAGAAGGUUGUAAUGUUGCUUUGUUAGCACGUUCUCGUGAUGCUCUUGAAAGUGUAGCUACAGAAUGUUCAAAAUAUGGUGUCAAAACUCAUGUUAUUAUUUGUGAUAUGUCAUCAAAACAAUCAGUUGACGAUGCAUGUAAACAAAUUAGUCAAAUAUUUCAAAAUAAAUUAGAUAUACUUAUAAAUAAUGCUGGUACUUUGGGUGAACAUGUUUCUGCAAUAGAAGAAAAAACACCAUCAGGAAAAGACGUAGUGGAUAUGUGGGAAGAAGUAAUGACAGUAAAUUUAUUAAGUUUAAUGCGAAUAACAGGACGAUGUUUACCAAUGAUGAAAGAAUCUAAACAUGGUGCAAUUAUUACUAUGUCAUCUCUAUCAGCAACGAUGACCAAUGGUGAAUUAGCUCAAUAUUAUGCUAGUAAUUGGGGAAUGAAUGGAUUUCUUGGUUCAAUUUAUGAAGAUGUUCGUGAAUAUGGUAUUAAAGUUUGUGCUAUUAUGCCAGGUUUUGUCAAUACUCCAAUGAUUCAUGAUGGUAGAUAUAAAUUAAAUUUUGAUAAAUGUAUUCAAUCAGAAGAUAUUGCUCAAGGUGUUCUUUAUAUUUUACGAACACCUUAUAAUGUAUGUCCAACAGAAAUUAAAUAUCGACCACAAUAUACACCAUAUUUGAAAUGA